CGCAUAAAAAACGUAGCAGCAACCUCGUUCAAUUUGUUUAAUCCUGCUACUCACAUUAAUUAAUCACACGCUAACAUCGUGGCCGAUACAAUAAUUUCAUACGGAUCAUGAUGCAAUGAACUGGUAAUAAAACUUCUUCCGGAUUCAGAAAUGGAGUGAUCAGUCCAAUUUUUCGAUCGGUUCUGCCUCCACACUCCGACGCCAAAAUGGAGGCUCCUUUGUUGGAUGAGACGGUGGAGGGUGCUGUCGAUUACAAUGGCCGCCCAGUCCGCAGAUCCCAAUUCGGCGGCUGGAGAUCCGCCUCCUUCAUCAUAGGAGUGGAGGUUGCCGAGAGAUUCGCCUAUUACGGAAUCGCCUCCAACUUGAUUAACUUCUUAACGGAAGAGCUCCGGCUUUCCACGGCCGCAGCAGCGCAGAAUAUCAAUGUCUGGUCCGGAGUCGCCAUGAUGCUACCUCUACUCGGAGCUUUUCUGGCCGAUUCCUUCCUCGGACGAUACCGCACUAUCGCUCUUUCCUCUGCACUUUACAUUCUGGGACUUGGAUUGUUGACUGUGUCUGCAACAUUACCUUAUUCCAGCACUCCUGCCUGCCAACAGGCAGAAAACCGUGUACCAUGUUCCCCCAGUCUCGUCCACGUAGUUUUAUUUUUCUUCUCCUUAUAUAUUGUGGCAUUUGCGCAAGGGGGACAUAAGCCUUGCGUACAAGCUUUCGGAGCCGAUCAAUUUGAUGGAAAACAUCCGGAAGAGAGCAAAGCUAAAAGCUCUUUCUUUAAUUGGUGGUACUUUGGUAUUUCUGUGGCCACUUCUGCAACAUUUACUACAGUGAGCUAUGUGCAAGAUAACCUUAGCUGGAGUCUUGGGUUUGGAAUUUCUUGUAUUGCUAUGGUUUUUGCACUGCUAGUCUUCUUGCUUGGAACUAAGACGUACAGGUACAGUAGCGAAGGAGAUGUGGAAAACCCAUUUGUGAGGAUUGGACGGGUGUUUAUCAUGGCAGUACAAAAUUGGCGAGUAAUUUCUUCAGAAAUAGCUCAUGAAGAGGAAACCCUUGGCCUUUUACCGCACCAUAGCUCUCAACAGUUCAGGUUCCUAGACAAAGCUUUGAUUGUACCUAAUAGUUUGAAGGAAGAUGGUCAUGCUUGUACUACCAGUGAAGUUGAGGAAGCAAAAUCAUUAGUAGGGCUUGCCCCCAUAUGGGUUACAUGCUUGGCAUAUGGUAUUGUAUUCUCUCAGUCAUCAACUUUCUUCACAAAACAAGGAGUCACAAUGGACAGAUCAAUAGUUCCUGGAUUUGAAGUACCUGCUGCUUCACUUCAAUCCUUUAUCAGUCUGUCCAUUGGCAUUUCCAUCCUAAUAUACGAUCGCAUAAUCAUUCCGAUUGCAAGAUGUUUCACCGGGAAACCUUCUGGAAUUACAAUGCUACAGAGAAUCGGAUUUGGGAUGAUAUUAUCUGCUCUUUCCAUGGUCAUUGCUGCAUUAGUCGAGGUGAAAAGGCUCAAAACAGCUCAAGAAUAUGGUUUAGUUGAUAUGCCAAAGGCGACUAUUCCUCUGAGUAUAUGGUGGCUGGUUCCUCAAUAUUUACUUAUUGGAAUUUCUGAUGCUUUCACGAUGGUUGGGUUGCAAGAGUUUUUCUAUGACCAGGUUCCAAGUGGAUUGAGAAGCAUCGGUCUCUCCCUGUAUCUGAGUAUUUUUGGCGUUGGCAGCUUUUUGAGCAGCUUUCUCAUAUCUGCCAUUGAAAAAUUAAGCAGUGGGGAUGGCAAAGAAAGCUGGUUUGAUAAUAAUCUGAACAAAGCUCAUCUUGAUUACUUUUACUGGUUGCUUGUUGGGCUUAGUGCUAUUGGGUUUGCUGCUUUCUCAUGUUUUGCAAGAACAUACAUAUACACUAAGGGGAAUGCCACAUGAACAUUUAGAAUAGGAGGAAUACCACAUGAUGAUCUCAAUAUAGCUAACUAGAUCGAUCAUGAACUUUCACACUCACAAUGAUAUGAUAUUGUCUAUCUUGAGCAUAUAAACUUUC